UGGCAUAUCCCUUAUCAAAAUUUUGAAGAAGAGAAGGCCAAUAUCGUAUAUCAAUACAAUGGAGUAGAGCUUCUUGGAAGGAAAUGGAUCGAGGCAGCACUCGUGCAGGAAACAAACAAGGGAUUGUAUAGGAUCGAGAUUAGCUCAUCCCCCUCUUUAAAAGGCCCCCAAAGCACCCGGCAUUCAUAUGAUGCAAACAGAAGAACAAGGGAGAGAAAACAGACUAUAUGUGUAUAUAUUUUAUUAGAGGUCAACAUAAGAGGUAGAAGAAAGCUAGCAUGGGUUCUAGGGAGCGAAAAAGAGCAGCGUUGAAUGAGAAGUUACAACAGCUUCGCGCUGCCACCAACUCUAGUGCUCUGAACAAAGCGUCAAUCAUAGUAGACGCAUCCAAAUAUAUAAAGGAGUUGAAGGGAAAAGUGGAAAGACUGAAAGAUGCUGGAACUUCACAGAGUAGUUCGAGCGCCCAAAAUCCAUUGCCUGCGGUUACCGUGGAAACCCUAGAAAGGGGUUUCCUCAUAAAUGUGUUCUCGGAAAAAAAUUGUCCGGGUUUGCUCGUCUCAAUACUCGAAGCCUUUGAGGAGCUGGGUCUUGAAGUGCUUGAUGCUAGGGUUUCUUGUUCAGACGUUUUCCAGCUAGAAGCAGUGGGAGGAGAAAAUCCAGAGCACGUUGAUAGCUUAGAUGCUCAAGUAGUGAAGCAAGCAGUGCUGGAAGCUAUCAAGAACUGCAGUGCAUGAAUUAAAGCAGUACUGAUCGAGCAAGAAUUAAUUUUAAUCCAGAUGAUCAUGAUGAUCUUCUUGCUUCCUCAUCUUCCCUUUGCGCGUAUCAAAUUAAAUUGGAUCUGCAUCGUUUCGAUCAUUUAUGAGUACUCAACCCAUGCCAAAAGUACGGCACGUAGGAAAUUUAAAAGCGAGAAACUUUAAUUUGUAUUUUAAUUUCAUGCAAAAAGCAUGUACGUACGUACAAUAUUGGGCAUUGAUGGUGAAGAAACCCGGUAUGCCUUCUUGGUGAUAAUUAAAUUGAAGAAGAUAAUAUAUAUUGGAUUUCCAUUCA